AUUUCCAGCAGGCAGUCAGAGAGAGAGGAUGGGCACGACGGGGUGCCAAUUCCCUGCCAGGGGACUCUUUCCAACCCUGGAGCUUUGCUGGGAGAGGCCAUCGUGUUUUUGUUUUUCAUUUGUUUGAUCCAGACAUUGUGAUGAGCAGAGGGAGAUGCCAUGUGCCCCGUGGAGCUGAGUUAAAUGGGAGAGAAAGGAAGGAUCCGGUCCCAAGGAAAUACUCAGAGAAGCAAAAGCAGCAACUUUUCAAUCUGCAGGUCAGAACCAACAGGAAUAAAACUCUCCAGGGACAGAUGGCAACAAAACCUGCCAAGCAACUCUACUCAAGUGACUGAAGCAGGCACCGCUGCUGGGGAGGAACCGAUGGGAGAGAAAGGCCAGGCUGGGCCCUGACACCGCCAGGACUCCCACUCCAGGAAACAGGGGGCUUCUCCUGGAAGCUUAAAGGAAAAAAUACUCAAAUUAUGGUAAUAAGAAUGCACUUGGAGCUCAAGAUAUGAGCCAACUUCGAGCCACAAAGUCUGGACUUGUCGUGAGUGCAGUCAUUUGCAUGUUCAUUUUUCUUUACUUACGGAAUCCAACUCCUGCGGAAUCAGAGGAAGAACCUGCCCAUCCAGAAGUAGUACAAUGCGGCUUUUACCCAGAUGAACUGUGUUCCGCCUUAUUUGAAGGGAAAGGGGCGGCCCCCCAAAUUGCAAAAUUUUGCAAAAGCCCUCAUAAAUCUGAAAUACAUGCUCAUUUACACACACCAGGAAACUGCUCCAGGAUUUCUCGGGGGCUGCAUUUCAUAACCAGACCCCUGUCUGCAGAAGAGGGCGAUUUCUCUUUGGCAUAUAUUAUAACUAUUCAUAAGGAGUUGGCCAUGUUUGUGCAGCUUCUCAGAGCUAUUUAUGUACCUCAAAAUGUUUAUUGUAUUCAUGUUGGUGAAAAGGCCCCAAAGAAGUAUAAGACUGCUGUGCAAACCUUGGUUAACUGUUUUGAAAACGUUUUUAUUUCCUCCAAGAGAGAGAAGGUGGCUUAUGCUGGCUUUACAAGACUACAGGCAGAUAUUAAUUGUAUGAAAGAUCUAGUGCAUUCUAAAUUUCAGUGGAACUAUGUCAUCAAUCUUUGUGGACAGGAUUUUCCCAUCAAAACCAACAGAGAAAUCAUACACUACAUCAGAAGCAAAUGGAGUGAUAAAAAUAUCACUCCUGGAGUAAUCCACCCACUGCACAUUAAAUCCAAGACAAGUCAAAGUCAUCUCGAAUUCGUUCCUAAAGGAAAUAUCUAUGCACCUCCAAAUAACAGAAUCAAAGAAAAUCCACCCCAUAACUUAACCAUUUAUUUUGGAAGUGCUUACUAUGUACUUACAAGGAAGUUCGUAGAGUUCAUACUGACUGACAUCCGUGCAAAAGACAUGCUUCAGUGGUCCAAAGACAUCCGCAGCCCAGAGCAACACUACUGGGUGACCCUGAACCGACUAAAAGAUGCCCCAGGUGCUACACCAAACGCUGGCUGGGAAGGAAAUAUUCGAGCCAUUAAGUGGAAAAGUGAGGAAGGAAAUGUUCACGAUGGAUGUAAAGGCCGCUACGUCCAAGACAUCUGUGUAUAUGGACCAGGAGACCUGCCGUGGCUCAUUCAGUCGCCUUCUCUGUUUGCCAACAAAUUCGAACCCUCGACAGACUCGCUUGUGGUUACCUGCUUAGAGAGGCGGCACAGACUUCAAGUGCUGAGGCAGGCAGAAGUUCCUAUAGAGCCACACUGGCAUUUUCAACAGCAGAGUCAUUUCAAUAUGAGACUGAACCGCUAGGGAGUGUUUGCUUUCUUCCUGGUAUCAUUCCGUUUCCUUGACUUGAAACAAGAGAACACUGAACCAAAGAAGUGGGAAGAUGAUUCCUUGAUACAAAUUAUUCCUAAAAUGAAUUCAGAAACAUGCUAUUGACAAGACUUUACUAUUGAUUACAGGCCACUUAUACAGCUUUGGGAAAGAAAUCACAAGACAAAAAAACUCAAGCUACCACUGGUGACAUAUAGCAAUGCACUUAGAAGGCCAAAUGCUUCAGUAAAAAGCUGCUGAAAACCCAAAUUCUCCAAACACCUGGAUCCAGGCUUAAGCUGGAAUAAGAAUGACACAGUCUGUUUUGAAGACCCAGAUACUACUGUGUAUGAGAUACUAAGAAAGAACAGACUCCCAGUGAAAAUGAAAAUAUGCUUAUCUGAAACAGUCCUCAUUGGCUGCGAGCAAUGUAAUCCUAUUCUGGCGGUCCUCGAAAAAUACUGAAGAGUGUAUUUCUUUGGGUAAAACAGAACUCAUCUGGAGUAGAAAACACACCUUGUUAAAAAGGGUGCCCCCAGGUGUCUGCGGUCUUGACAUGUCGUCUCCUAGCACCUUCUGUGAUGGUGGACAUUCCACAGCUGAGCUGUCCAACACUCACCACAGCCACAGGGGCUCCUGGGCAUUGGAAACAUGGCUACAGCGACUACAAAAGUGAAUCUUUAUUUUUAUUUAAUUUUGAAAAAUUAAGUUACCUUUAUUUAUUUAUUUAUUCGAGAUGGAGUUUCACUCUUGUUGCCCAGGCUGGAGUGCAAUGGCACGAUCUCAGCUCACCACAAUCUCUGCCUCCCGGGUUCAAGCGAUUCUCCUGCCUCAGCCUCCCAAAUAGGUGGAAUUACAGGCAUGCGCCACCACGCCCGGCUAAUUUUUUUGUAUUUUUAGUAGAGAUGCGGUUUCUCCAUGUUGGUCAGGCUGAUCUUGAACUCCCGAACUCAGGUGAUCUGCCUGCCUUGGCCUCCCAAAGUGCUGGGAUUACAGGCGUGAGCCACCGUGCCCGGCCUUAAGUUACCUUUAAAUAGGCACAUGUGGCUAAUGGUACCAUGCUGAACAGCACAGAUCUGAGACAUGAAUGGCCGUGAUUAUCUCUAUUCACAGAUCUGGGACUCCUCCCUUAGAAAGUCCACGACUUUGUUGCCGCUGCUGCUGUUGUGGAGAACUUUAUAUAUAUCCUCUUUCUCUAAAAGAGUUCAUACAGCAUCAUAUGAAACUGAAGUGCAUGACUAUUAAACAGCACAACAUACAAGAGAUUUAAAAAAGGGAACUCAGGACCCAGAGGAGAGGAAAUUAAAGAAACAUAAUUCCAACGCAAAGUGUAAGCACCUCAGUAAAUGGAAGCUUCCCACGCAUAGAAAUGAAGUCAAGUCACUGUGUAAAAUAGCCCUGGGAAAACAUCAUAGCUAGACAGAAGGAAAAGGGAUUUGGAAGGCAGAUCCCACAAAUCAAACAUCAAGGAACCACAAAAAAGUAACACCUUUGUUUAAACAAACCUUUCUUCCCCUUGGAUAUCUAAUCCAAGGAAAGCACAUAUGGAAAAUAUUAAGACUCUCAAAAAGAACACAAGAGCCCCAUGACAGCCCACCACCGCCUUCCUACACAUUUCUACAGGCAAACAUGGCGUCCCCAAAGGCAAUAGCUGGCUACAUGCUGACGGGCUGUUCAUUCAGAAAGCUCAGAUUAGCCUUGAUUAUGUCCCUGGUGUUUUAUAACUCAAUAGCAAAUGAAUGUAAACCCCAUUAAAGGAACAAUAAAAAAGCUUACAUCUUUCAAG